CGUUCGUCAGUAACGGCCCUAUGUAAGCUAACAUUGAACAACUCGUCUCAAGGCAUUUGUGAACUAUUACGGGGCCAUCAGAGGCGCUCGGUCAGAUGUUGCGGGUCUUGUCCAUACCAUGAAGGAUCGGUUCAUGAAGGAAGACGACAACACAUUUCAAAAGCAACUGGGAUGGAAUAUUCUUGGGGCGCUUACCGCAAUUGCGGGCGGCCCUCUGUGGGGAUACCUGUUCCGAGGCCCGGGAGCGGAAAAGGUUGCGGAAUCGCUAGCUCUUGGUAUCGUUGCUACUGGCAAGGACAAGGACACAGCGAACGUCGAGGACGAGCUCAGCAAAGCCGCCAAUCUGGAAAUCGCAUUGAACGUUACCAUGACUGGUUGGGAGAAAAUGGUGACCGGGUAUGCCCGCAAGGUAUUCGCUGGCACGGCCGAGGGCAACGGGCUGCUGUCCGACUUCAUGGCCAACGGCGCGCUCAUUCCCGGCGGCGUUCCCAAGGGUAUGAAGAGCCCCAGGCUCAUGGGGGUCGACGAGAUGAAGGACCUCGCCAAGCACGCGCUGUUCAUGUACAUCAUUCCCGAGGCGUGGCGGCACAACAAGGACGCCAACGUCGCCAUCCUCGAGACGGGCCGCGCCUGCGGCGACUUCAGCGAGUACAAAGACGAGGUCAUAUUCACCACUACCGCCAAGAAGGUUGAGCUGUGCUUCGAGGACAAGCAGUACCUGAUGCUGGGCGCGAUAGGCCCGCAGCAGCGCUGCAUCAAUAAUCCGGGCUCGUCGUUUCCGUACUGCGAGAAUCUUCCGUUCAGUGAACCGCCCGGCCUCGAUAACCUGCAAGAAUUUGGCCUCACCUACCAGGACAUUAUGACCGCAUCGCUGAGGACCUGGACCAAGAACAGCAAGCAGAAUGGAUACCAAUUCAACCCAGACAGUCUCGAGUUCCGCAAUUUCUUUGACGACUCAGACACGGAUAAGGUGUUGGACUUGGGCAUGGUCAGGAUACCGGUCUGCUCGCCGGCUCAGGCGCGUCGGAACUGGGGCGAUCCCGAACCGAAAGACAAGGGCGAGUUCUACCCUUGCUAGGUACAUUGUACAUUACAAGUACCCUGCCCAUUCUUCGAAACCCGGCUAGGCUAGUAAACAGGAACCUAGGUGCUUAUGAGACCCAUCCAGCUGUACAGGUGCAGAUUA